UGGUCUGACGAGAUCUGAGAAAAAUGGACUUAGAGCUCAGACCACAACUUCCCCUCAUAGCUGCGAGGUGCGCAAUACCCGAGCCUUCACCAGAGAGCAGAGCGACAGCGCGGGAGGAGAAAAAAACACACAUCAACAAGCGUCUGCUGCGAAGGAGCCCGGCCGUCCGCGUUAAAGCCCGUCGUCGACCAUGAGAGCGUGGGGUGGGAGUCGGCCGCUGAUGGCGGUCUCUCUCUGGAUGUGUUUCGGCAGAGCUGCGGCUCUCUCGGAGCCCGAGAUCUGUUACGUGCUGGACGGGAUCCUCUUCCUGUACGGCAUCAUCCUGACCGCGCUCUACUGCAGAGUCAAGAUCCACAACGCCAGAGAGGCCAGCAGCGACCAGGGAAAGUCGAAGCAGAACGUGGAAGACGGCAUAUAUACGGGUCUGACUCCUCGUGCGCAAGACACUUACGAGACCAUCGGCAUGAAGAAGUGAUCCCACUGAGCCGCAGCGUUCUUCUUUUUUUUUUUUCUUCUUUGUAUUUAAACGGAACACGUAUCAUACCCUGCUUUUUCACACCAGCGUUCGGUUCCCCAUUUUGCUUUUGUUGAAUCUAGCAGAAGCCGAGGGGGAAGAGACAGAAAAGAGAAGUGAAGCCCGCCGUGGGCAGCUCUCGGAUAGGUCCUCAUGGUAAGGGCUUUGCUGUGAGGUGCUCUUCCUCUUCUGUUGCACAUAUUCAACUUUUUAUCUUAACAAGUGCUAGAUGGCAGAGACGUUUGAAUGCUUAUCUGUAAAAGAAAAAAAAAGUAGGAUAGCAUUUGGGGAUUUUGUAUUUUAGAAAGAUUGUCGAUGCAACAUAUGCUGACAGGCUUGUAAUCCCUGUUUUUUUUUUUGUAAAUUUGGCACCCUGUGUGCGCUUUCCUUGUAUUUGUACUAUUGUAGUUCAAUUUUUGCACACCAUAAUUUGGGUGGUUAGAUGGCACACGGGGAAUGCUAUUGGGGAAGAACGUCCAUAUCCUUCAAGGUCAAUAUUAGUCAGCAAUAUUUCCAUCACACCACUGGAUGGCAGUGAUUUCCUCUUCUUUACCUGUGCGAAGCUGUUAGAUAUAUGCACAGGUUUUGUUUUGCAUGCAUAUUGAUAUUAAAGAACUUCUCUUUUAAAAA